AUGCAUCGCUGUUUUUGCUACAGACGCUUUAUGUACAUGUUACAUUUGGUUAAUUUUGUUAAAAUUGAAUUCUAAAAUAUACACAUUAUGGAACAAACUAGUCCCUUGAAGCCCAAUCGCAGAGAUAAAACCGAAGACAAACUCGUGGACACAGAAUCGGCGCACCGUGAAGAAGGUCCACAAAAGAAAUUGGCGCGGCUUGGCGAAUCUGUGGAAGCAACUGCUGGUGCAGGCGACGCGGACGUGGAGUUAACUCUGAAUAAAGCUUAUCUACAAAAAAAUGUGACGCAAUGGCUGCAGUCCGCAUGGGCAAAGCAAGUGCCAAGCACAAAGGAAGAGACAACUGGUGCACAGAUCUGGGGAGAACCGUUUCAAAUAUGCCUACUCCCUGAUCUGCUCGAGAGAAAUAACCCGCCGGCUCUGGUGCACGAAAUGAUCAACAAAGUGCACUGGUCGCGCAAGCAAAUGGAUCUGUACGAGUUCUACCAGAGCACCGAUCUAUCCAAUAUGCUCGAGUGCAGGCUGCUUGCCAAUUUCCUGCAGGUGCUGCGCAAACAAGUGCGACCCUGGCUGGAGGAAAUAACAAAUCUGAAGCUGGACUACGUAUCCGCCUCGUGCAGCAUGUAUAGCUGCGGUGACUACUUGCUGGUUCACGAUGAUCUGCUCAAGGAUAGACAAAUAGCCUUUAUCUAUUAUAUGUCGCCUUGGCAGGGCGUUGAGGAGUGGAACGAGGAGCAUGGUGGCUGCUUGGAAAUCUUUUCCAGCGAUGAUCAGUGCUAUCCACAAUUUCCGGUGCAGCGCAAGAUUGCACCCAAAAACAAUCAGUUUGCAUUCUUUAAAGUCGGCUCCCGUUCCUUUCACCAGGUGGGCGAGGUGACCACCUACGAUUAUCCACGUCUUACCAUCAAUGGCUGGUUUCAUGGCGCCACCAACGAAGCCUUCGCCGCAGACUCCUCGCGCGCUUUUCCCCGCCUCAGCUACCUGCAGCCAGAUAUCAAUUACAAGCCCAAAUUAGGAUUGCUACUGAACGAUGUCUACUUAAAGGCUGCCACCCGUCGCAGCAUACAGAAACGCAUCGAGGAGAACUCCGAGAUUUGCUUGUAUGAAUUCUUUAAGCGCGAAAAGUUUGAAUUAGCACGCGCUCAACUCCUGAACGAUGAUUCGCUCACAUGGCGACGGCAAGGACCCGCAAAUGCGCACAACUACGAGCUUAUGGAUCUGAGCAGCGCGAAGGGCACAGUGCAGGAGCUGCUACAGCUAUUUCGCAGCAAUACCAUGUUCCAGCUACUGCGUGAUUUCACCGAUCUGGACUUGUAUGGCGUCGAUGCCAUAACGCCCACUUGCAGCGUGGAACUGCAGCGCUGGUCGCACGGCAACUACACGGUGCUGGGCGAUGGCCUGGUCAGCGAUGAGAACACACUCGAUUUGGUCUACUAUCUAAAUGCAGCGGAGGGCGCGGCGGUCAUAACAUAUCUCUCACCUGAGGUAGAGCAGCGCGCUGCUCAUGAGAAUGGCUUAGAUCCGGUAGCCGAUGGCGACCUUAGCAUUGAGCAGGAUGAGCAGGAGGAGGAGGAGGAGGAGUGCCACGAUGAUUCAGUGCUGCUGACAAUAACGCCUGUGGACAAUGCCUUAAAUAUUGUCUAUCGCUGCGAGGGCACCACCAAGUUCACCAAAUACGUCUCGCGCAACACCCCGCUGGACAAGGGCCCAGUGUUUGUAAUAUCCUGCAGCUAUAGGGAAUAAUUACAAGCAAAUUUUCCCAAAAUGCCGCCGCACAUACAAGCCACAAUUUGUUGUUUAGACUGGCAAUGCACAAAUGUUUUUUCUGCUUAAGUUUACUAAAGACUUGCGUGAAUGUUGUUUGUACUCAAGUGAGAAAAGCACUAAGAGAAAUGCCCAAUAAAGUGAUUGUAUAAAGAAACACAAAAA